UUGCACCGACAAAUGAUAUCAACCUCAACCCAUAUUUAUUUUUACAGCCAUUAAGACUGUACAUUAAGAGCUAUCUUUCCAAAAAGUUUUUAGUGAUAAUCUUUUUAAAUAUUAAAUUAUUGAGGCAGUUCCUGUUUGACAUUUACAGCAUGAUUCGGAACGCAUCAGUCGCAAUGCCAUUUUGCCAUGACAUGAUUGCCAUGUCAGUUCGUUUAUGGUACGCGGUUCUGUAUAAUUGGCUGUGUUAUAAAUUGAAAUUAAAAUAGUCGUUUUUAGUGGAUCGAACUUCAAAUUAGUGGUGUGAAAGUUUUGGUGUAGUGCUUGUAAAUAAGUGUAGGAAGCGAUGAAGACUAAAACUGAUAAAAAUAAGAACGGCGAGAGCGACACAGAGACCCGUCCAGAGAAGCAGGCCAUCCAACCGCUAGCGAACCGGCCGCCGCCACCCGCGGCGAUCUUGCCGCGGGCCGCCGACAGCCCUCGCCCGCCCGGUUGGAACGGCCAGCCGCGCAGACAGAGCUCCAGCCGCUUCAACGUGCAGAACCACAAUCAGGAGCUGGUCAAAUUACCGCCUAUUAAAGACACACCGGCAGCAGAGCGCGAACAGCUAUUCGUGCAGAAGUUGCGGCAAUGUUGCCUGCUGUUCGACUUCGCGGAGGAGCCGCUGUCGGACCUCAAGUGGAAGGAGGUGAAGCGGGCCGCGCUGCUCGAGAUGGUCGAGUAUGUGACGUCACAGCGCGGCGUCAUCACCGAGGCUAUAUACCCGGAGGCUGUUAAUAUGUUCGCCAUAAAUCUAUUCCGGACGUUACCACCAUCAUCAAACCCCAAUGGUGCGGAGUUCGACCCAGAAGAAGACGAGCCCACACUAGAGGCCGCUUGGCCGCACCUGCAGCUUGUGUACGAGCUGUUCCUAAGGCUCCUAGAGUCGCCGGACUUCCAGCCCAAUAUAGCCAAGAAGUAUAUCGAUCAGAAGUUUGUGCUGCAGUUGUUGGAGCUAUUCGACACGGAAGACCCGCGCGAGCGCGAUUUCCUCAAGACAACACUGCAUAGGAUAUAUGGAAAAUUUCUAGUUCUUCGCGCGUACAUAAGGAAACAGAUUAACAACGUAUUCUAUAAGUUUAUAUAUGAAACAGAACAUCACAAUGGUAUCGCAGAGCUACUAGAGAUCCUAGGUUCUAUCAUCAAUGGUUUCGCGUUGCCGCUCAAGGAGGAACACAAACAAUUCUUAUUAAGGGUAUUACUCCCGUUGCACAAAGCCAAAUCACUGUCGGUGUACCACCCGCAGCUCACGUACUGCGUGGUGCAGUUCCUCGAGAAGGACCCGUCGCUCACACAGCCCGUUGUCAGAGCGUUACUAAAGUACUGGCCAAAGACGCAUUCCCCAAAGGAAGUGAUGUUCCUCAACGAGAUGGAGGAGAUUCUCGAUGUGAUUGAACCGGCCGAGUUCCAGAAGGUCAUGGACCCGCUGUUCCGGCAGCUGGCCAAGUGUGUGUCGAGCCCGCACUUUCAGGUGGCGGAACGAGCGCUAUACUACUGGAACAACGAAUACAUAAUGUCGCUAAUAUCGAACAACGCGACGCACAUAUUACCAAUAAUGUUCCCGUCUCUAUACCGCAACACAAAAAGCCACUGGAACAAGACGAUACAUGGCCUCGUGUACAACGCGCUCAAGCUGUUCAUGGAGAUGAACCAGAAGCUCUUCGACGAGUGCACGAAGCAGUACAAGCAGGAGAAGCAGAAAGAGAGGGAACGUCUCCAGCAACGAGAGGAAUUAUGGCAGCGGCUAGAAGCAGUAGCGGCCGCAAACCCGGCGAGCCAACUCGUCGAUAGUGAUGAGCCUGACGCUGACCUGGAAACCUUGGCGCAAGAGGCCCGAAAGAACCAGAACCACAGCAACGCGUCGAAACCCCUCCUCCGCAAGAAGUCCGACCUGCCCGCAGACGCGUCCACAGUCAAAGCGCUGGUCGAGCACAAGCGCGCUGACCCUUACCUCAGCACGCCGCCCGACGCCGACCGCUGCUAGCGUAGCUUGUGGCACGGGGCGGGUGACACGUGGCACGUGUGGGACGAGUGACAUGUGGCACGUGGAAAAUGUGAAACCUGUGUAGAAUAAGUGGCACGUGUGGAGCGAGUGACAUGUGGAUUACGGGACCUGUGUGGACGCGUGACGUGAAGCAGAACGUGUGUGUGGAAUACGGGACUUGUGUGCGACGCGUGACGUGUGGCACGGGAAAAAGUGACGUGUUGAUCGUGGGACAUGUGAACAAGUGGAACGUGAGACUUGGAACGCGUGACAUGUGGAAUACGGGACCUGUGGACCGCGUUUGGCGGAUAACGCGGGACAUAUGGAACGUAUGACAUGUGGAACGCGUUUAACAUUUGGAACAAGUGAAAUACGUGACACAAGUGAAACGCGUGGACGAAUUGUAUAUGUUAAACAUAAUAUGAAAUAUAUGAAACCAGUUAAAAUGUAAAUGUGAAAUUGGUGGUGAGUUGAUGAUGUGGUUGAACUGUAUUGAAAUGUAUAUGGGCUGAAAUUACAAAGAGUUUUUGAUACAUAUUAGGUACUGUUCGUUAUAUCGUUUAAAUAACCAAAAAAGCAAAAUUUUCUGUUGGUAUUAUUGUAUGUUAUAGUGAUAAGUGGGUGUUUAUAGAGCAUGGACACUGGGCAGUGCCAGGGAACAAUAAAGAGUCAUUGGGUCAACGUCAUAAGAUCAGUAUUUGACUGUAUUGUUAUUUUAUAGGAACAUAUUGUGGUGAAAUGAAGAUCCCUAUUCAGGAAAUCAAGCCAUGCAAAAGCUGCCCUGAGAAGGGUCCUAGUGAUGUUUAAAAUAAAUGUUUGCUCUGUGGUGCUUAUUCCAUUGCCGGCAAAUUAUAGUGUAACUCACCUACAUGACAUUACAAUGUAGGAUGUGUUGUCUAAAACUUGGAUACAAUGAAAACAAACACACGCAGAUUCUUUCUAUAUCUCAAAAUAAUUGAUUGUUGCUAAAAUUGUAUACAAUAAACAAGCUUUAUCUACAAAUAUUAUGCGAUAAUUUAUUAUAUUUAUUUUAGAUGUUAUAGAUGCAUACACAAUAGAUAAUAAUAAAUGUUGUCAAUGUAAUCACAAUUUAUUUAUUGUAACAGAUGUUAGAUUGUAUGGGGUUUUGGAAUGAAUGAAAUGAACACACGUCUAGCAUCUAAGUAGGUUAUAGAUUUUAUUUGGGAAUACAAUGCAAUUAUAAUUUACACAGGCAGUACAUUAAUUCAUUUAGCUUCUGAAUUUAUUAUGCCGGGUACAGACUGGUGAAAUGUAACAUGCAAUGUAACAUGCAAUGGAGCGAUCCGUGAUUUGUCGGCUUUUCGACGAACACAAAGGGGCAAGGAACACGACUACGGGAGGUUCGUAGUGAAUGCGCGUUAAGAGCGCGCUAUGCGUCCACGCUUGCAGCGAACAUGCAAUGAAAGGCAGAAUGUUAUAUUUCAUGUUACGUUUCACCAGUCUGUACCCGGCAUAAAAUUCAAUAUACAUGUAACCUCUAUUGAUAUAUGUAUAAUUUUGAAGUAUUUUACCAAAUUAUCUUAUAGCUUUUCAUUAUUCAUUAAAAUUGUAUCAAAUAUCAAGCUACUUAUUCAUAUUUUAAAAUAAUAUGAAUUUUUACAGCAUUAUUCUGAUGUAAAAUCGAGAAAGUAAUUUUAUCAACAAGAAAUAUUAAAAUUAUUGCAACAAAAACUACAUAAAGACUGUUAUUGAAAAAAAAAAUAAAAUUAGUCGCUGGCGACUGAAGUUAUAUUAAUAUGUGUAAUUAAUCAUUAUUGACUUAAUGCAAUUUUUUCAAAAUUGACAUUCCAAGCUGGUAACAUAAUAAUAUUCAUAGUGCCAAUAUUACACCAGUCUUCAGAUUUUAUAAAAUUGAUAUGAAUUAAUAUUCAAUGAAUUAUUUUUACUUAUUUCUUAAAUCUGCCAUAAUUUAUUUUUGAGCAAGUAUUUUUAUUUUUGUAAAUUUAAUCGAAAACAUGUUUUAUCAUUUUGCAGAAAAAAGUAAUAAAUUAUUAAAUAGGGUAAUAUUUUAUAGCACCAAACCAUAUCCACAAUUAUUCUCUAUUAAAAUAGUACAUAAUAUAAUAUAUAAAAAUCAUACAAAUAUUUUUAAGUAUCAGUAAAUCAACCGUUGAACAGAUAAGUAUCAUAUUUAACAAAAUUAAUAAAGUUUAUAUCAAUACGCCACAUCUAAAAUAGCAUAAAUUUAUCAAGUAGAUAGUCACCCAGUAAUAAAUAUGUUUACUAUUUCUCUAGUUAAAAGAUUAAUGCCUACUGAUGUUCUACUGUGUUCACAUUUGCGUGUAUUCACCUUUAAAAAAUAAAAGUAUAAACUAAGUUAGAAAUCAUUUCUUGACAAAAUAAUUCUGGCAUUUGCCAGACAUACAAUAAUUUAUAAUAUACAAUAAUGAAGGUAUGUAUAUCGUAUGACUAUACAAUUUUUUUACUCUCUAGGAACCUAUGGUUAAAUCACACCCCUAGUAGAUUAUCAAAUCAGUUUCAUUAUUUUUUUUUCAAAAUUAUGUGGAUAUCAAUAGGCUUUAGUCUUAAUUUCAAAAUAAUUAGUGUUAUUAAACAAUUUUCUAUCUUAUCUUAAAUAUCUGUGCUAUUUGUUAAGUGUGAAAUCUCGAGUCUGAUUUUGUGUAUAAAAUACCUAUUUUAAUGUAUUUAUUUUCUAAUUAUACACUUGGACUAAGGCAUGACUGUUUAGAAUCAACUGUUGCUGUAUUUAUUUUAGCUUUGGAGUAUUUAUAAGUUUUAUAUCACAAGGGCUUUAUAAUAGUUAGCGAUAUGAAAUUGUCCAAUGCAAGUACUAUGUAGUUAUAAGUUAAUUUGUUGUAACAUUGUGAAUGUAAAAUCCAAUCAUGUGUCAGUCUUAAUAUAUGCUUUUGUUUAUCUGUAUUUAAUCUAUGUAAUUGUUUAUUCUCGGGUCAUCUCUUUAUCGUCAUAAUAUAGAACUAAACAAAUUAGUUUGGCGAUGCACAAUAGCAAUGUAUAGUUUGCAAUGUUACAAAUAAAAUAACGUCGGUAACACGUAAUGACAGGUCCAUAGGGAAGUCACGACUGUAAAAUAAAUCAUGGCACCUGAUCAACGGCCCAGCAACUACCUUAUUGUUAUUCGUAUUUUACGUAUAAAUUAAGAUUACCGCGUGACUGUACCUGGCCAUUAGCGUAAUUAAAUUAAGGAGUAAAUUAUUAAUAUGCAGUUAUAUUCCGCGGAAGCUUCUGGAAAGCGGUUGAGUGCAAUUUUGUAUGGAUAUUUUUAAGGAGCGCCGGUACAGUCGCGCGGUAAAACGUUAACAGAUCUCUUGAGUGCGAGUGUGAAUGGACUGACUCCGAUAGAAGAUAAUUUGCAACGCUGUUCAACAAAUUGUAAUAAAUUUUUGUAUAAAUAUUUAUAACGAUAAUGUAACUGUUGAAAACAAAGUAUUAUAACAAAUGACAUAUUGUAAGGUGCUUAUGAUUAUCGUUAUAAUACAGAGUUGUGCAUAA